GAUGCACCAGGCGCUCGUCGGGUACCCGUACUUUGUCGGCUCGCUCACCUACACCGCAGGCGCGUACAUGGGCUACUACGAGGUGAUCAACGUGGGCCGCGCAGAUCGGCGCCUCUUCGGCUGCACCGGCGCCACCCCCGCCGGCUUCUGGGGCACCACCCUCUACCUGAUUGGCGCGCUGUGCUUCAACGUCUGCUGCGCCGCCACUUUCGUCUCGCCCGACACGCCCGAGGGCGAGAAGCUGGUCUCCGUGUGGAUGGAGGGCGUCGCCGGCACCGUCGGCUCCCUCCUCUUCGUCCUCGCCGCUCUCAUCGAGUGGGCUCACAACGCGGACGCGACGCCGCGGCAGCGCGUGUUUUGGCUCUGCUCCUCCUACUUCCUCGGCUCGGUCCUCUUCCUGGUCGGCUCGGGAGCGACGCUCGUCUUCGGGGUCUGCGAGUGCGCGAGGCCAGAGCUCACCAUCUGGUGGAUCGACUUCCCCUAUUGCGCCGGCGCCGUCCUCUUCCUCUUCGGCGCGUGGGUGACCACGCGCAUGUGGAAGGCCGAGCAGUUUGGUCUCGCCUUUAUGAACGAGAUCAACAACUUUGCGCCCACGGCUCCAAACUCGCGCACGCCCGAGGACGCGACGCAGAAGGCGGCCACCGCCGUCUACAUGGCCUUCGCCGCGGUCUCGCUCCUCGACUUUUGCUCCCUCUCCGCGUGGCACGCACACGAGAUUGGCGGCGUGCACCACCCAAUCAUCUUUUCGGAGGAGUUUCUCACCACGACCACAAACUUCGUCGCCGCCCACUCGCUGCUGCUGCUCGUCACGGUCGUGCACCGCUCGCCCGCCGUCUCGCCGUACAAGUACCUGAUGUGGCUGAUGCAGCUCGUCGCGCUGCUCUACCUCUCCUCCAUCACGCUCCGGUGGCUAAAGUACUUCACCGACCCUCGCUACUUCACCGACACGCCCUCGGACCACGAGCCGGAGGUCGAGGGGGGGCUGUGGGAGCAAAAGGAGGCGCUGGAGGCGGGGUCGGGCGUCGAGUUUACGUUUAGGGAGUGAGCGAGCUAAACCUAAAGCAAGGCAGCUACCGAGUUCUGGUAGGUAAGU